CGGGAACGUGGGGAGGCGGGCCCGCCGCUGCCCGUCAGCACGGCUGCAUAGGAGCGGCGCCGGGCCCCUCCCCCGUUUCCAUGGCAGCGGCGCGGCCUGGCGUGCUGAGGGCCCCGUGAGGCCUGGCUGCCGUCAGGAGCGGGCCGAGGGGAUGGAGGACGAGGCGCUGAGCGCGGAGGAGGAGGAGUCCGUCGGUCAUGAGGAGGGGGAGGAUGACGAGGAAGAGAAGGCGCUGCCGGAAGAGGAGGAGGAGAAGCAGGUGCUGGACCCGUGUCCCCUGACGGAGGAGAUGCUGAAGGAGGGCCUCUCCCUCCUCUGCAAAAUUGGCAACGGCCUGGCGCACGCUUACGUGAAGUUUGAAGCCAAGUAUAAGGACUUGACAGAUAUCAGCCUCCUUGAAUGCUUCAUUCACCUGCGGUAUGUGGAUUUGUCAGAGAACAAGCUGCAGGAUUUGUCUCCACUGAGCAACCUAACCCACCUGCUUUGGCUGAAGAUGGAUGGGAAUCUGCUUACCAGUGCCCACAUGCAGGAGCUUCCCUACCUCCAGAUCAUCAGCUUUGCUCACAACCGCAUCAAGAAUAUGGAGGGCAUUACUCACCCCCACUUAACCAACCUCAGCCUUAAAGGAAAUAAAAUCCAGACAGCACUGGGUCUGAGUCAAGCACUGUACAGCCUGCGUGUCCUGGAGCUGCGAGGAAACAAGCUAGAGACUACAGCAGGGCUCUCCCUUCCCAAGCUCAAGAACCUCUAUCUGGCCCAGAAUGCCAUUAGGAGCCUUGAAGGCCUUGAGGCACUAGAGCAGUUGUCAACUCUGCACCUGCGUGACAACGAGCUUGAGACCUUGGAUGGAUUCUCUAGCAGCAUGAAGUGCCUGCAGUACCUCAAUCUACGGAACAAUGGGAUCAGUAGCUUUCAGGAAGUGACAAAACUGCAGGUGCUCCCCAUGCUGCAGGCCCUGGUGCUGAUGGAAAAUCCGUGCUCUGAUGAAACAAGCUACCGGCAGGAGGUCCUGGUCCAGCUGCCACACCUGAAGCGCCUCGACAAGGAACCGGUUGAGGAAAAUUAGCACGCAGAGGCAAAUGAAAUCUGUUAGAAAAGGCAGGAAGAAGAAAAGGUAUGAACAAGAAUGUGAAAGACGUAAUGUUAGAUGCGCUGGUAAGCCCCUCCUCCUGUGGACUGCACGAUGAAACGGCUGAGGGAGGUCAGUCCCAAGGGCAGAGCAGCCUGCAACAGAAAACAGGCUUCACAGCCUGAUCGCCAUCCCUGGCCCCAGCAGCACAAGUGGGAGGUGAAAGAGGAAAAGAAGUCAGGCAUGGAGUCAUUUAACUUCUCCGUCUUCCCUUCUUCAGGAAAUGGAGGGAUCUCUCCAGGGUGAUGUGACUGAGUGACCUGUGCUUUUAAUCCCUGUUCCCAGUGAAGAUUUGGGGAUGCAUCCUUCCAUGUGCGAAGUGAGAGCUAUAGGCAUGAGGUUCACCUCGUUUUGCUCCUGGAGAAGAGAGGAGUGUCCUGGAUGCUGCCUUCAUUUACUGCAGUGUUUUUACAAUCUCUGCACGUACAUACUCAAAGUAGUCCCAAGAGGGAAAAGGGGGGUUACAAGUUGUGUGGUUUGAUUUAUGGCUCACAGAAAUUCUGUGUGAUUUUCUUAUUUGAAUAAAAAUAUUUAAUGA